GCCUCUGAGGUGAUGAGUCUUGCCCCUGCUGUUUCAGGAACAUAAUGUUGCCUAGCCUGGCUAGGCCCUAGAAUCACCCUCCACUGGCCAGUGAACUUUGGAUCUUCUGGGGAAACUUCUCUUUCUUAGUGUUGGCAGCUCUGAAGUAUGAAGGGACAAUGUCUCAACUUCUCUCUCGCCUGGCAUCCCCAGUCCUCUGAGCAGGUCCUCCCUUCUGCUUAGAUAUCGUAGGCCGUUUGGAGCCAGAGGCCUCACAGUUCCCAGCCGAUGAUAAGCAUCCAGUUGUUCUCAUCUCUCUAGGAGCCUGUGAUGGAGGAGGGUCCACCCCUACGGGUCUCGGGACUUUCAUUUCAUGUUACUUAUUGUUGGUAGUCAUGGCUUAGGACACACACUGGAUUCCUAGGACUACGGCUGAGGCGGAGGUAACUUCUCAUGGGCCUCCAGAGGAGGAGUCCAGGGCCUCCACUGACGGGCCUGUCUGUGGGGCUGCUACUGCUUUUCAGUUGGAUGAACCUUGCCCACCCCACCGACCUCUCAGCACUGGCUCACCACCCCCACUUGUGCCAAACCACACGGGACGCUGACGGCCGCCACUACCCGGGUUUCUUCUGUCCCCGCCUCUCUGACACUCCCGAGGAAGCUUACUGUUGCCACCUGCAGGCUGCCGGGGGUUCCUGCUGCACCCGCGACGAAUUUGAGGCCCUGUACCAAGUCAACUUGUCUACUCUCCAGCCCCCACCCAUCCUCAGGUGAGACCUCUGCCCCCAGAUCCACAGGACGCACUGGCAGGGUGCUCCCAGUGUCUUGGGCUCUGUCCUUAAAUUCUGCGGUGGAAGGCUUGUAGCUUCCGGACUAGCGGAGAGGAAGCCACGUAACCCCUGAUUACAAACAAGUCUGAAGGAGUAAGAGGUGACCAAGGCUGCUGUGUGUUUUUGCGGGACUUGAGGGUUUGUACGGUGCCAACAGAGAGGAUCUUGUAGUCCAUGGGUUACACAUACUGUCGUGGGGGGUUUAAUUCCGAAUCUGGCUGCGUUCGUCUUCAAGAUACUUGCGAGCUCCCAAAUUUUUACGCAAAAAUAUGCGUAUGCAGUCUGUGUUUAUGGCGCGCUUUCUCCGACGCUCUGGGCUCCGAAACCCCAGACGUGUCGCAGCCAGUGUCCGCUCUUGAUUCGCGUCCCUCUCCCACAGGGGGCCAGGCCCGCUCCUUGCACUGGGCUUCUACGGGCUUCUUCUGGUGGCACUGAUGACCGCAGAUUUCGUGCACUUCUGCCGCGGUCGGGGACGGAGGAGGGGACGCCGAGACGCCAGCCGCCGCCGCCCUGCCCUUCGGGCCUCCGCCGCGCGCCCCCUACGGGUCCCAGUGGGGACACACUAGCAGCGUCCCUGAGCCUGCGCUUGCGCCUGCGCCUGCGCAAUGCGGCCGAGCUCCCGGCCCUCGCACCGCUGCAACCUUGCCUUGGCCUCGCCUUCUUUGGCGUAACCCCGACGCAGCGCUGGGGUGGAGCAGCCCCCGGCAUCUUCCCGAUCCCGGGGCCACCUUUGCUCCAGAGACUGCUCCUGCGCCGGCCCCGGAGCUCAGCUUCGCCAUGACUGCCAGCUCUGCCGAGCAGCUGCGGAAGGAGGGCAACGAGCUGUUCAAAUGCGGCGAUUACGAGGGUGCCCUGACCGCCUACACCCAGGCCCUGAGUCUCGGCGCGACGCCCCAGGACCAGGCCAUUCUGCACCGAAACCGGGCUGCUUGCCACCUCAAGCUGGAAGACUACAAUAAAGCAGAGUCAGAGGCGUCUAAAGCCAUUGAAAAGGACGGCGGGGAUGUCAAAGCCCUUUAUCGCCGAAGCCAAGCCCUAGAGAAGCUGGGCCGCCUGGACCAGGCUGUCCUUGACCUGAAGAGAUGUGUGAGCCUAGAGCCCAAGAACAAAGUUUUCCAGGAGUCCCUGAGGAGCAUUGGGGGUCAGAUUCAGGAGAAGGUGCGGUACAUGUCCUCAACAGAUGCCAAAGUGGAACAGAUGUUUCAGAUACUGUUGGACCCCAAAGAGAAAGGCACAGAGAAGAAGCAGAAGGCUUCUCAGAACCUUGUGGUCCUGGCCCGAGAGGAUGCAGGAGCUGAGAAGAUCUUCCGGAGCAAUGGGGUUCAGCUCCUGCAACAGCUGCUGGACACGGGCGAGACCGACCUCAUGCUGGCAGCCCUGCGCACCCUGGUCGGCAUUUGCUCUGAGCACCAGUCUCGGACAGUGGCAACCCUGAGUGUCCUGGGAACGCGGAGAGUGGUCUCCAUCCUGGGUGUGGAAAACCAGGCCGUGUCGCUGGCGGCCUGCCACUUGCUGCAGGUUAUGGUUGACGCCCUCAAGGAAGGCGUCAAGAAAGGCUUCCGGGGCAAAGAAGGUGCCAUUAUUGUGGACCCUGCCCGGGAGCUGAAGGUCCUCAUCAGCAACCUCUUGGAGCUACUGACUGAGGUGGGAGUCUCCGGCCAAGGCCGUGACAAUGCCCUGACCCUCCUCAUUAAAAUGGUACCCCGGAAAUCUCCGAAGGACCCCAACAACAGCCUCACACUCUGGGUCAUUGAUCAAGGUCUGAAAAAGAUUCUGGAGGUGGGGGGCUCCCUGCAGGACACCGCUGGGGAGCUCACAGUGACAGCAAACAGCCGCAUGAGUGCCUCCAUCCUCCUCAGCAAGCUGUUUGAUGACCUGAAGUGUGAUGCCGAGAGGGAGAAUUUCCACCGACUCUGCGAGAACUACAUCAGGAGCUGGUUUGAGGGCCAAGGCCUGGCCGGGAAGCUACGGGCCAUUCAGACAGUGUCCUGCCUCCUGCAGGGCCCGUGUGACGCCGGCAACCGGGCCUUGGAGCUGAGCGGCGUCAUGGAGAGUGUGAUCGCUCUGUGUGCCUCUGAGCAGGAGGAAGAACAGCUGGUGGCCGUGGAGGCGCUGAUCCACGCAGCCGGCAAAGCCAAGCGGGCCUCGUUCAUCACGGCCAACGGCGUCUCUCUGCUCAAGGACCUGUACAAGAGCAGUGAGAAGGACAGCAUCCGCAUCAGAGCAUUAGUGGGACUCUGUAAGCUCGGAUCAGCUGGAGGGACUGACUUUAGCAUGAAGCAGUUUGCCGCAGGCUCCACUCUCAAACUGGCCAAGCAGUGCCGGAAGUGGCUAUGCAAUGACCAGAUUGACGCCGGCACUCGGCGCUGGGCGGUGGAAGGCCUGGCCUACCUCACCUUUGAUGCCGACGUGAAGGAAGAAUUUGUGGAGGAUGAGGCUGCUCUGAAGGCCCUGUUCCAGCUCAGCAGGUCCGAGGAGAGGUCGGUGCUCUUUGCGGUGGCCUCGGCCCUGGUCAACUGCACCAACAGCUACGACUAUGAGGAGCCUGACCCCAAGAUGGUGGAGCUGGCCAAGUAUGCCAAGCAGCAUGUUCCUGAGCAGCAUCCUAAGGACAAACCAAGCUUUGUGCGGGCUCGUGUGAAGAAGCUGCUGGCCGCGGGUGUGGUGUCAGCCAUGACGUGUAUGGUGAAGACGGAGAGUCCCGUGCUGACCAACUCCUGUAGGGAGCUGCUGUCCAGGGUCUUCCUGGCUUUGGUGGAAGAGGUGGAGGAUCGAGGUACUGUGGUUGCCCAGGGCGGGGGCAAGGCUCUGCUCCCGCUGGCCCUGGAAGGGACUGAUGUUGGGCAGACAAAGGCAGCCCAGGCUCUUGCCAAACUUACCAUCACCUCUAACCCGGAGAUGACCUUUCCUGGUGAGCGGAUCUACGAAGUGGUCCGGCCCCUUGUCUCUCUGUUGCACCUCAACUGCUCAGGACUGCAGAACUUUGAGGCACUCAUGGCCCUAACGAACCUGGCAGGGAUCAGCGAGAGGCUCAGACAGAAGAUCCUGAAGGAGAAGGCCGUGCCCAUGAUCGAGGGCUACAUGUUCGAGGAACAUGAAAUGAUCCGCCGGGCAGCCACAGAGUGCAUGUGUAACUUGGCCAUGAGCAAAGAGGUGCAGGAUCUCUUUGAAGCCCAGGGCAACGACCGCUUGAAGCUGCUGGUGCUGUACAGCGGAGAGGAGGAUGAGCUACUUCGGAGGGCUGCGGCCGGCGGCCUGGCUAUGCUCACCUCCAUGCGGCCCUCACUCUGCAGCCGCAUCCCACAAGUGACCACACACUGGCUGGAGAUCUUGCAGGCCCUGCUUCUAAGCCCCAACCAAGAGCUCCAACACCGGGGUACCGUGGUGGUGUUAAACAUGGUGGAGGCCUCCAAGGAGAUUGCCAGCACCCUGAUGGAGAGCGAGGUGCUGGAGAUCCUGUCAGUGCUGGCCAAGGGUGAGGAGAGCCCAGUCUCCAGGGUCGCUGCGGCCUGCCUGGGGAAAGCCGUGGAAUAUAGACUCAUCCAGCCCAACCGGGACGGAGAGUGAGGAUUGGCCCUGGGCCCACAGCGCAUGCAUCUGCCACCCACCGCAGCAGCACCGAGAGCCAGGACACAAGCAGCUUUGGCCGACAGGGCUGGGAUGCCGGACACUUGCCUCUCUUGCCCAGCUGCACUCUGGUGUUCUGUUCUGAGAGAUCACACAGCACACAGCCCUCCCUGCUCUGCCAGCACGCAGACGGGCCCUGUAUCCGUAGAGAGCUGGGAACGGAGAAGUGCAUCCCAACUCAAGCCUGUGGAUUAUGGACAUCAAGAAGGGCACCGCAGCAUCCUCACAAGCCGUGAGCACCACCAGAGCCUGCCAGCAGGCACAUUCCUCUAAUAAAUCGUGUGGAACUGAA